AUGCUGACAUUAAUACCAAUUGAAGAUGUUAACUACAAAGACUUGACUUACACAUACAUGGGCGUGUUCUACUCCCCCAAGUUUCAGCAAUUCCUCAACACCACCCAAACUGGUCUUGCCCAUUCGUCUUCGGGAGCUGAGUUAUCGCUUCUAACGAGAAGUUUGUGCACUUCACUUUCACUAUGCAUUAUUCAAUUGGCCAUGUUCUGUUUCUUUCGAAACAUCUUCAAGUCACUUUAUCAACCACGAAGCUACUUUGUUCCACAAGAUGAAAGAGUUGAGCCUGCUGAACUGGGAUUUUUGAACUGGGUCAUACCAACUUUGUCUACAAACAUAGACUAUUAUCUUUGUUUAGGACUUGAUACCUACUUCUUUGUGAGAUAUAUAAGCAUGAUGCUCUUAUUCUUUUUAGUUGUGGGGGCUUUGAAUAUCGUGGUUUUGGUGCCUAUUAAUACAUCCGGUAGCAGUCUGGAAUUUAAAGCAUCUGGACUUGACCGGUUGAGUUUGUCUAAUAUUUCAUCCUCCAAAGUCCAUCUUUUAAACGGUCAUUUUAUCAUGAGCCUAAUGACUAUUGGAUUUUUUCAUUUGAUGAUUGUGUACGAGAUGGAAAGCGUGAUUAAAAUUCGGAAGAGUUACCUUUCUUCAAAGAGACACAGAUCCUCAGUUGUCUCCAAGAUUUUGUUGAUAACCCACAUACCCACAGAAUUACUUGAUAUAGAGAGGUUGAAGUCAGAACUUUCCAUAAUCCCUGGAGGAGUGAAGAAUAUAUGGUUCUUAAGUGACUACAAGAAAAUUAAUGUUAGUGUCAGAGAAGCAAAGGAAGCGGUGUAUGAAUUGGAGGUGGGGGAAAUAAAAUUCAUAAAGAAAUACCAUAAAAAAGUGGGCAACAACCGGUACAAACAUUAUACAGUAAUGAGACAAUUGAAACCCAAAUUUUAUCCUCCGAUAAGUAUAAACACUAAGCUUCCUUUUGGCAAUAUCAGCCUAAACAUCAAUAUUCCUGGACUUCUCAGGUUUUUCAUAUUCCAAAAGAAAGUUGAUCAAAUAGAUUGGAGUGUUGAAAGAAUCAAGAAAGCAAAGAAAGCCAUAGAGAAAGAAAAGGUUCUUCUUGCCUCAGAACAGCUCAAGAAGUUUAACACAGUGUUUGUACAGUUCAAUACCCAGUCUGGAGCUUACACUGCCCAUCAGGUGUUGUUGUCACAAUCACAAGGAUGUAUGGACAAAACAGUGAUUGAGGUUCACCCUAGGGAUGUACAAUGGAAUAACUUAACGAAGGAGAAUCUGGCAACAUUAUUGGUCCAACGGUAUUUGGUUACAUUGCUUUGUAUCUGCCUAAUCAUGUUGUACAUUAUUCCUGUCUCAUUCAUUGGUCUAAUUUCCCAAGUACCUUUAUUGACCAAGCUUUUACCCUUUUUAGGCUGGGUGUAUUCGUUACCAGAAGAGGUCAGAAACUGUUUUUCCAGUAUUUUACCCAGUCUUUUCUUGUCUAUUCUUACUUCGGUGAUGAUGAUAACGUUCAGAUUCUUGACCUAUUACAAGGGAAAGCUCACUGGGGCAGAAAUCGAAAUUGACCUACAAAGAUGGUAUUUCAGCUUUCUUUUCAUCCAGCAGUUUUUGGUGGUUACUAUUCUGUCCAGUAUUACUGUAAUCUUCAAACAAAUUGUUGACCAACCCACUUCCAUUCCCGUGAUGUUAGCAACAAAUUUACCCAAGGCAGCUACUUUUUUCUACAAGUUUAUAGCUGUGAGGGCACUAAGUUUUUGUGGGAACAACUUCUUGAGAAUUGACCAGUUGAUAUUGAGAAACACCUUUUACAAGUUAUGGGACAAGACACCCAGGCAAAAGUUGGUGAGAGAGACAACACUCUUACCAAUAAAGUGGGGUACCACAUACCCCAUUUAUUCUGUUUAUGCAGCCAUUGGGUUGACAUACACCAUUAUUUCACCGUUGAUUUCCGUUUUCGUGGUGCUAAUUUUAUUUCUUGUAUUGACAUACUACAAAUACUCGUUAAGAUAUAUUUACAGCCACAUAAAUGAGUCAGAAACAUACGGAAGACUCUACCCUUCGGCAUUGUUACACCUUUAUGCGGGAAUCUACUGCUUGGAAUGUUGUAUGAUAGGAGUGUUUUUCUUGCUGAAAGACGCAUCAGGAAACUUUCCUAUGAACUCACACGGAUGGAUUAUGUCACUCAUUCUACUAAUGACAGUAUUUGGAAACACCACACUAUAUAACAGGUAUCACCGAUACUUCUCAUAUCUACCUAUCAUCAAUGACCGAGAAUACCCAGAUGACCCACUUGGCACAGACCUCAGUUCCAAUUAUCAGAUGCUUUACUUGCACCCAAAUUUCAAGUACGAAAUUCCCAGGGUUUGGCUUCCUUCAGACGACUUGGAAGUCGCCCAUACCGAAGCCAGGCACUUGGAAGACAAUGAAGGAAUAGAGUCAAUAGUAAUUCCUGGAUCAACAAUUAAGUUUGGCUGGCGAAAUCGGUUCCUGGAGAUAGUUGUGAGACAAGGGCCUCCAGACUUCAAGUGACCUAAUCUAGAUACUCAUAGGUCCUGUUGAGUCUCGACCUAAUCCUCAUUCUAGUUAUGAAGUCACUCCAGUUCCUCAAAGAAGCAAAUCCCCGCUCUUUGCGUUCGUUUCUGUGUUGGUUGAUCUUGAAGUUGAGCCAGAACUUUUUAGCUUUCUUGACAUUAUUGUCCAACACUAUCACACCAUUUUUUGUGGGAAUGGCGUACCCGGUCUUUGUGAAGGAAAACCCAGUAACAACUGGAACAAACUGGAUAUCAGUGUUCUUCUUGUCGUUCAAAAUACUCUCAAUAUUUGAUAAUUUGAGCCAGGUGCACCCGUCGGGAACCAUAGUUUCCUUGAACACUUCUAU